AUGACGUCAAUGGAUGAUGGAACAUCAGCUUCUACUCCAACAAAUGCACUUAUUUUACCUGAUGUUAUUUAUCCUGUAAUUGAACAACUUGAUAAAUCUGGAUAUAAAGAUAUUCAAACUGAUUUACGUACAACAUUUUUUAAACUUGAAGAAUUAUAUCCAGGUUUUUCUCGUAGUUUUCUUCAAACAUUUAUAAAUAAAGAAAUGCCAUCUUUAUCAUCAACAAUAAAUAUGAAUGAAUUAACACUUAAAUUAGAAAAAUAUUGUGAUAAAUCAUCAUAUUUUAUAUCAUCAUCACGUAGUGAACAAGAAUUUCAUGAAUUAAAUAUUCGUUCAAAAAAUCUCAAACGUAUAUUAAGCCGUAUUCCUGAUGAUAUUAAUGAAAAACGUGAAUUUCUUGAAACAAUUAAAGAAAUUGCAAGUGCAAUUAAAAAAACACUUGAUAGUGUAUCAAAUACAUAUCAAUAUUUUAAAACAGCUGAUGGUCGACAAGCAUUAGAAAAUGAAAAAAAAGAAUUUAUUAAAUAUAGUAAAAAUUUUAGUAAUACAUUAAAAGCUUAUUUUCGAGACAGUAAACGUGAUGAUGUUUAUAUAGCAGCAAAUCAUUUACUUGUUCAAACAGAUUAUUUGUUACGUACUAUAAAACUUUAUUGUGAAACCGAUACACUUGAUGACUGUUUAUAUCCAUUAUUAUCUCAUCAUCAAAAUCAAUCUCGUAUAAUCUCAUCAUCACGUUAUUCAUCGAAUAGCAAUCAACAAUCUCAUAAUAUAAGACAAUCAUCAUCAUCAUCAUCUGGAAAUAAUCGACCGACUUCAUCGUAUGAAACUGGUUAUACUUGA